UCCCUGUGCCCCGACUGUGUCGCGUCCUGCUCCUCAGUGACAUCCCGCCCAGCCUGGAACAUGGAACUCCCCGUUUCCAAGGACACGUGGCCAUUGUCACCAGCACAGAGCAGGACUGCUCAGACCCUUCGGCCGCUGCGUUGAGAGCGGAGGUGUCAGAGCGAGAGCGAGUGUUGUUCCAGUUUAGCUGGUUCUAGCACACGUUGGUCAAGAGACUGAUCCACACACUGAGUGGAGACUCUUCAGCAGGACCAGUGGCUGUGUGGGAGCCGGAGCACCCGAGGCAGAGCAGGAUGGCGGAGCUGUGGGCCUGGGCACGAUCCAGAGCGUUCCACAGGGCCCCAGUCUGCACUGCGUCCCGCAGGGCCCCCAAGAGCCCUGCCGUGCCCGUCAGGGUGACCCAGAGGUCCCAGGACCAAGAGCCAAAUGCCAGCAAGGCAUCGCACAAUGGAAGUGCGCAGAAUGUCAACUUGUAUAACCCAGCUGGAGGUUUGCAGACAAAUAGAGAGGCAUGGUCCAAGGAACAGGAAGUGGAGAAAGGCAUUAAAAAUUUGACCUACAUUGAAAGACUGAAGGAGCGUGUCAAGAAAGUGAAAAUACCAGAGCUCAGGAGAGCCCCACACAGCUCUCCAGAUCUUGUGCCUGAGAGGAAGAGAACGAUGCCCAUGAACCCUGCAAAAUACAUCCGGAGACUUUUCAGUGCUGUUUCUCAACGACCCAUCAGAGACAGGGUGAUUCAUUUACUGGCUCUGAAGAAUUACAAGAAGUCAGAGUUACUUACCUGCUUAGAGAGAGAGGGAGUUGUGGAAAAGGACAAGGAGUCCCUUGGAAAGAUCCUUCAGGAGGUAGCCAACCUGGAUGCAAAUGAGAAUUCUUUCAGUCUGAAGGAACAUUUCUUCAAAGACAUUCAUGUUGAUUGGCCUGGCUACAGUGAAAGAGAUAGAAAGACAUUGGAGGUGACCCUUUUUCAAAAAACAGCUCCAUCUCCAAAUGCCACCAGCACCAGCCAGUCACUGUCUCUGGGACCUUCUGAAAGAAAUACUCCACCGAGAACUGCUCAGAAACGGCCUCUGGCUUCUGCCUUUAUCCAUCCUGUGAUGACCAAGAAGCAGAGGAUUGACCAAGAGCCCCAUGGUAUCCAGUCAGCAGCUGGUGGCCACUCUCCUUCUUCCUUGGACCUGCCUUCCACAUCCUGCUCAACUUUGAACCUGGCUCCAAGUGUCAGCUCCAUUUCCACCUCCACCUGUCAGCUCCAAGAGAAAGAUAAAAUUCGGACUCCAUCUGGAAUCCCAGCGCCUGUCAGGGUGCAGCGGAAGAUUCCCAGCUCCAAAGGAGCAAAAGCAGUGGUCAGAGGAGCCCAGCAAAGCAAUUCAGGUCCUGUGCCUGAGAAGAAGAGGAUGAUGUCUGUGAGACUUGCAGACAUUGACUGGAGCGGUUGCGCUGCUGUUUACGGCCGACCCUACAGGGACAGGGUGAUUCAUUUACUUGCUCUGAGGGAUUACAAGGAGCCAGAGUUACUUGCUCGGCUGCAGAGAGAUGGAGUCAGGCAAAAGGACAAGGAUUCCCUUGGAAAAAUCCUUCAGGAGGUUGCUGACGUGAAUGCAAAGGAUAAUUCCUUCAGUCUGAAGGAACAUCUGUUUCCAGCCCUUCAGACUGAUUGGCCUGGCUACAGCAAAACCGAGAGAGCGAAUUUGAAGUUAAUACUUUCUAGAAAAGCAGCUCCAUCUCAGAACCCCACCAGCAGCAGCCAAGCAACAUCUCCAGGGCCUUCUGAGAGAGAUGCUCCAGCAAGACCUGUUCAGAAACGGCCUUGUGCUUCUGGCUUGACCAGUCCUGCGAUGAGCAAGAAGUGGAGGAUUGAGCAGUAGCUCAGUUACCUCCAGGCAGAACCUGGUGGCCACUCUUCUUCCUGGGUGCUGGCUGUGACAUCCCGUUCUACUUCCUACCUGUCUGCAAAUGUCGGCUCCAUUUCCCCUGCACCCUUUAGGUUCAAGAAAGACACAAAUUUCUGAGUUCUACCAUGACAGCACUCGUGUGUUGAAGACUACCAUGUCAAAAAAGAUGUGAAGAGAAUUCGGGAGGCUGAAGCAGUAGUGUCCCUUGGAUCUCCAUGAAGGUACCAAUGUGCAGCUUUUCCUAACUCCAGUGUGGAUAACGAUGGAGUAAAGAUUUGAUGAUUAAGAGAAGCCUCUGCAUGAAUUAAGGGUAGCCCCAGCUACUCUGAGAUGAGGAGCAGAUGCCAGUACCUCCACAAAAAGCUGUCCCACAUUCAGCAAUGAGUAUCUGAAUUUGGCAAGCAGCAAGUGGAGUCCUGGCACCAGCUGUCUACUUCAGCAAGGAAACAUCUAUGAACUCGGGCUGUUUUAUUUUAAAAGAAGAUUAAGCUUUUAGGAUUCUUCAAGUUAGGAUUGAGUAGAUGAUUAUUUGUUAAAAACAUAGGAUUAGUUAGUCUAAGAUUACAGAAUUUAGUAUUGAACUUCAGCAAUAAAGAAGUUGCAUUCUUGUUAA